GAGAGUUGACAGCCAUUUAACAUUAAAACAAUGCCCUAUACACCAGUGACCUUUGACUUGGUUUUGUUACGCAGCAUAUACACUUGCAGCGAUAGCGUGCAGCUGCAUGCGCAUGCAUAUGCAUGCAUGGAGCCUGGCCCGGCCUAGUGUCGUCUACAACAAGCAGUCAGAAAUUCCUGCAGGUGCUGAGUUCCCGUCAACACAAUGAAGAUGCGAUGUGUAUCAUUAAUCCUGUUGUUACCGUUAUUCAGUGUAGUGGCAACGGAAACGAGGAACAGCGACCGCAAUGGGUUUGCCGGGUAUAAAGUGUAUGCAGUGCGAGCCAUCUCCAAAGUGCAUAAUGAUAUCCUGACGCUGCUCUACAACACCUACCUGGACAGCGAAGAGGUUCAGUUCUGGGGAGAACCCGGCGAAGAAGGUUUCUGGCUACGCAGUGCUCCGUUGCUUUUGAUGGUAUCGCCCGCUCAAGAUCAGCAUAUUCGCAAUCUCUUUACAAACGCGGAAAUACCCUUUGAAGUGACCAUUCAGGAUGUGGCAGAAGCCAUGCGGAUGGAGCUGCCGGUGCUGGCGGAGUCAGUCAGCCGGGAUGACAGUUUCAAGCAGACAUCCAUGACCUGGACAGCUUAUCAUCCCUAUGCUACGAUCGAGCGAUUCGCGCAGGAAAUUGCCCGUCUUUAUCCCAACUUUGCCCAGAUUUCCACCAUCGGCCGCAGCUAUGAGGGCCGCACCAUGUAUCUUCUGAAGGUGGGGAAGCCGCGCGCCGACGGCAAAGUGAAGCCGGUCAUCUGGAUCGACUCCCAGAUCCAUGCUCGAGAAUGGGUGACUAGCGCCGUGCUGACUUACUUCGUGAACUUUCUGGUGAGCGAAUACGACACUAACAGUAUGGCCCGGCGGAUGAUGGAAGAGAUCGAUUGGUACUUCGUGCCGGUAGUCAAUCCCGAUGGAUUCGACUUCACUCACACGAGCGCUAACAACCGGAUGUGGAGGCGAACGCGCCGCGUAAAUCCCUUCAGCCAAUGUCUGGGCGCUGACCCCAACCGCAACAUGGACCAGUACUGGAUGGUUGCGGGAGCGACGCAGAAUCCCUGUCAGGAUACGUAUGCCGGUGCUUUCCCGUAUUCGGAAGUGGAAAACCUGCACGUCACUGAGGCAAUACUAGAGCACCGCCAAAAGGUCAAAGCCUUCAUUGGCGUCCACUCCUUCUCCCAGGUGUGGCUAGUGCCAUGGGGCCACAAUAACAGCUAUCCAAAGGACAUUGCCGACAUGCGCCGCAUGGGCGAACAAGCUAUUGCCAGCCUAAAGAAGCGCUACAACACGCAGUACACUUUUGGAAAUCCCCAGGCCACCCUCGGCUCACCGGGCGCCGGCGGUACCAUGGAUUGGACAUACGCCAAGGCCGGUAUCAAGUACUCGCAGAGUCUGGAGCUGCGCGAUAAAGGCCAGUUCGGCUUCAUUCUUCCCGCCAACCAGAUCAUUCCCACUGCACUAGAGACCAUCGACUCCAUUAACGAGGUGGCUAAGAUCGUCUACGACGAAUAUCCACCCACUACAGCCACCAGUUGACCUAUGUCAUCUUAUGUUUGUGUUUACAACGGGAGAUCUACAUAAAGAUUUAUAUAAA